CCCGCCCCCUCCUCCAGUUAGCACACACUGAAGUCUGCUCCGGUCACUUACUACAAAAUGGCUGCACAAGCCGCGACGACGACGACCCACGGAAAACACUGAGAAAAGAAGCGGUUAAUUACGAGUCAAGAACCGUUUGAUGGAAGAUAAGAAAAAGAAAAGGCAAGAAGAGAAGAAAAAGAAAGAAGCUCUGCCGACGAAGGAUACCGAACAGAUAACCAAAGUGCCAGAGUCUGUCAAGCUCGACCCCGUCCCUGCUGUACCCCCUGCUGAUCCCACCGUCACCCCGCCAGCGGUACCCCCAAGCAGUGGCGAUGGCAAGCGUGGCCUCUGCGGAGGCCAACUUCAAAGCGCCCCACAGACUCUCCUCCAGCCGCGCCACCCGGCCAGCAGAGAGGUGCCCCCGCGCUUCCGUCAGCAGGAGCACAAGCAGCUGCUGAAGAGGGGUCAGCCACUACCUCCCGGAACCCUGCCUCUCGUCGCUGCUGAGCCUGCAGCAGCAGCUGCCGUACAUUGUGACCCCUGUUCAACCAACCUGCCUACAGAACUGCCCCCACAGAGCAGCCUGGGAGAUCAGUAUGAUAAUCCCCUCUGGGGACACCUGCCAGCCGACAGAAGUGCAGCGACUUCCUCUAAUACAAGUUGCGGCGAUCAACUGAUCAUUGACCAGAAGGACACAAAGGCUUGGCCUUCUAUUACUCUUAGGCAGAAGGCCUCUCAAGGAGGAUGCAUUUUUAAAACUGACCCUGGUCACCUGACCAGCAGCAGUAGCACUUGUAGUACCAUUAGUAACUGUAGUAAUAGUAGUAAUAAUAGUGGUUGGUAUUGUAGUACGAGUAUGGCCACUGGGGCCAAUAGCCAGACAGGCCACUUUCCUGUCAACCACCUAAGCAGUAAGGCCAACACUGGACUCAGCCCUGCCAAUCAUACUGGAACCAACAUGCACUCAAGCCAGGUUGCAGCCAAUCGAAGCUGGGGUUCUGGGUCUGGCCCCUCUCAGUCUUCAGUAGGCAGUGAAGGAAAAACUGACAGUCCAGCAGGAGGAGGCAGCAGCAGAGCAUGGAGCUCUUCAUCAUCCUCCAACACCAACUGUAACUUGAACUUGAGCCCCAAUGCCAACCCAUCCGCCUGGCCUGUGUUGGGCCAUGAUGGGUGUGGCGCGGGUGCAGGCAGCUCAGGGGGAGCCAAUAUCAUUUCACCUCCUCAAUCGACACCCAACUUCUGUAAUCCCACUGGCCCCCCUCCAUCCCAGACCAGCACAUAUACUGGAGCCAACACCAACAGUAACUCCUCGGGUAUUGGCAGUGCCUGGGGAGGUAUAGUGACCUCUGAUGCAUCAGAUCCACACCCCUCCCCAUCCACAAAUGUGUCUUUCAGUUCAGAACCUCAGAACCUUAAAACUGAUGGACCAAAUCACGUAAAUAAGCAGGAACAACCUAGCCCUAUACGCCACAUGCUAGGUUGGGGCACUGCAUCUGCAGGCCUGGGUUCAGUGGGUCAACAGCCAUCAGGUGGAAAACAGGUGAAUGGAGAAGAUAAUACAAUGGCAUGGGGUAUGAGUGGUGACUCAAAGGCACCUUCAUCUAAGGAGUUAACUGGCUGGGACGCUGGCUGGGGCCAUGGAGGAAGUGGCUCAGGAAAUACUGGAGGCUGGAGUGAACAGUCCAGUGGUGACUGGGGCAAGAAGCACACUGAGGAGGCCCAAGGAGGUUGGGAUGGCCCCAGCUCUCCACCCCAAGACACACAGCCUAGUUCUUGGAGUAGAGCUGUGAGCACAACUGGUGCCAGUGAAGGAAGCAGUGACAGCAUGGAAGGAAAUCCAAGUUCUAAACAACAUUCUUCCAGAGAAACUCCCGUUCCUCCUUUGCCUGCCCAGGAUCUAGACCCCAGGGUGUUGUGUAAUACUGGCUGGGGACAGACCCCUGUUCGUCAGCACACAUCUUGGGACAUGGACAAUACUAAAACCAAGAAUGACAUGGGCGCAGAAUCCUGGGACUCUCCAACUAUUCCAAUCGAUGCCCAGGGGCCCUCCAAUACUAACAUGGGUCCUCCUCAUAGAACUGACUCUGGGAGCAAGAAUGAGGUGCCUGCUUCUGAGGGAGCUUCUAGUUGGGGAGGAAACAUGGCCCCUACCAACCAAACCAACUGUAGUUGGGGAGAUCCACCUAACAACAUUAAGCCCCAAAGUGCUCCUGGUGGCUGGGGAAAUCCACCAAAAGCAGGGCCUACCUCUGGUAUGCCCAAAAAUAGUGGUCAAUCUUGGGGAGAAGAGAAGUCAACAGGGUGGGAUGAUUCUCACAGCAAGCCACAAUCCCAGAGUUGGGGAGAGCAACCCAAAGCAUCCCAUAGCAGUUGGGGCAGUAGUGGUGGGAACAAUUCUGCAAAUGACUGGGGAGAACCAGAAGAGAGCAAAAAGAAUCCACCCAACUCCACCUGGGAGGGAGAAACAGGUGGCUGGAAAGAAAAUCCUCGAGGCUGGGGCAUGCCUCCUUCAGGGCAAGGAAUGUCUGGAGGAAACGGGGGCAGGGGAGAGCCGGUUAGCCAGCGUCCUAGGGACCCUUCCCAGGGUUGGGCAGGAAAGUCUCAGGAUGGGCCCAGUGGUAACACCGGAGCGGUCAUGAGCUCUUGGGGUGGCUCUGGCUCUGUCAAGCAGGGUGGGGGAUGGAGCGGCAGUAAGCAGGAGUCCUCAACUGAACCCACAGGGUGGGAAGAACCCUCUCCGCCCUCGAUACGACGCAAGAUGGAGAUUGAUGACGGGACCGCCGCUUGGGGUGAUCCUAACACCUACAAAAAAUCUGUGAACCUUUGGGACAGGAACAAUCCUGGGAUGUCCCAAGCGAAAACUCCCACUGGAGGCAAUAACCCACCGAGUACCAGUAGCAGUCAUCCCCACAAUACCCACAAUCACGGUUAUCAAGGACCACCUGCACCUUUACAGAAUCACACCCAAAAUUCCCAAAACCCAGGUCCUGCCAGUGGGCCCAUGGAUCAUGCUGUGCAGCACCAGUCAGGGUCAUCUCACAACCGGGCUCCCCUGUUAGCCCAAGGUUGGGGAGAACGACCCGGCUCACACGCAAAAUCUGAAAACUCAUGGGGCGAAACUACACCUUCACCAGUCAGCGUGGACAAGGGGACAUCUGCCUGGGGUAAAUCAACUGGGGGCUCCAUUGGCUGGGGAGACGGCAACUCAGACAACUACAGCAGGGGGAACCCAGCAAUGACUUCUGCAUCGUGCAAACUUGCCCCCAAACCUAUGCAAGACGGAUGGGGCGGCGGAGGUGAUGAGAUGAUGCUUUCAGGAGGUCAGUGGGAUGCCGAGGAGGGAGAAAUGUGGAAUAGCACAGCCUCUCAGGAGAACAACUCCUCCACCAACUCAUGGGGGAACACAUCCAAAAAGGUCCCACAAAAGGUGAAGAUACCGGGAAAGCCGGAAGAUGCCUGGAUUAUGAAUCGUCUCAUUAAGCAGCUGACAGACAUGGGUUUCCCGAGAGAUCCGGCAGAGGAGGCUUUGAAGAGCAACAACAUGAACCUGGACCAGGCCAUGAGUGCCCUGCUGGAGAAGAAGACAGAACUAGACAAGCGGGGGAUAGGGAUCGCCGGCCACGACUACAACGGGCUUAUACACAAACCCAUGAGCUGUCCUCGGCCUCCACUUCUCUCCAAAGAACCCUCAGCAGACUCUCGCUCGCCCUUCAUGGAUAAACAAAUGCAGGGUGGAAUGUUUGGUAGUGGUGGAGCAGCACAAGCCCGGGCCAUGCCUCAGCCGCCUCCUCAGCCGCCAGUGCCGCCUCUCAGCUCUUCUCAGCCUAGUCUACGCGCUCAAGUGCCUCAGUUUCUCUCCCCUCAGGUUCAAGCACAGCUCUUACAGUUUGCAGCAAAAAACAUUGGUCUGAAUCCUGCACUUUUAACCUCACCAAUAAACCCUCAACAUAUGACCCUUCUGAAUCAACUCUACCAGCUGCAACUGGCUUACCAGCGUUUACAAAUUCAGCAGCAGAUGUUACAGGCGCAGCGCAACGUUUCUGGACCCAUUCGACAACAAGAGCAGCAAGUUGCACGUACAAUCAAUAACAUGCAGCAGCAGAUCCAACAGCACCAGCGUCAGCUGGCCCAGGCUCUCCUAAUGAAGCAACAGCAACCUUCCCACUCCCACUCAGGCCUACAUCCGGGCGGGACCAAAUCCAGCAUGGAUUCCUUUCCAGGCCACCCCCAGGCUCUGGGCCACCCUGACCUGCAGACCAAAGAGCCGCAGUCUUCUACCAACCCUUACAGCCCCUAUUCUCUCUCCGGACUGAACACAAACAUGAAUGUAAACUGCAUGGAGGUGGGUCUGUCUAUGAAGGAACCACCCCAGCCCCAAUCGCGCCUGUCACAGUGGACGCACCCCAAUCCCAGGGAAAGCCUCUCUGGGAGCUCUUCUCCCUUGGAACCCAAUUUGAGCAAGCACAGUACCAACCUCGGCCCCCCUGGUAAGCCUCCUCAGCUGGAUGACUCUUACAGCCCCUAUAGCCUGAUGUCCAGCUCUGAGUCUCCUUCCAGCCCCCUCGUUCCCCCAGACAGCUGGGGGCAGGGGAAGAGUAGCAGCGACAAGAUGGCCAACGGGACCAACAUCAACUGGCCACCAGAAUUUUGUCCCGGCGUGCCCUGGAAGGGUCUCCAGAAUAUCGACCCGGAGACGGACCCCAAUAUGACACCGGGUAGUGUCCCGAGUGGGCCAACAAUCAACACAAACAUCCAAGAUGUCAACCGCUACCUGCUGCGAGACAGGAGUGCAGGCUCUUCUCCCACUUCAUCUCAGAACGAGGCUCUGCCUCCCUCUUCUGAUUGGUCAGUCAGUGCCUACACUAGCUCAUUCAGUCUGUCGUCCCCGGAGACAGAUGAUACAGGUAAACUGUCGGAGAUGAAGUCCACUUGGUCUCCAGGUCCCAUCUCCCACAGUCAGGCCUCUCUGUCCCAUGACAUGUGGAAGGUUCCACAGGGACCCCGAAGUAGCACGACAGCCCCGUCCCGCCCUCCACCUGGUCUCACCAACACCAAGCCAUCCUCUACGUGGGGAGGGAACUCUCUGGGUCUGUCCCAAGGCUGGAGCAGCUCAUACACCACAGCAGGCACCACCUGGAGUACAGACAGCUCCUCCAGGACCAGUAGCUGGUUGGUCUUGAGAAACCUCACUCCACAGAUUGACGGUUCAACUCUGCGCACACUGUGCAUGCAGCACGGCCCUCUCAUCACAUUCCACCUCAACCUGACACAGGGCAACGCUGUGGUGCGCUACAGCUCCAAGGAUGAAGCCGCCAAGGCUCAGAAGUCCCUGCACAUGUGUGUGCUCGGGAACACCACCAUUCUGGCAGAGUUCGCUGGAGAAGAGGAAGUGAAUCGCUUCUUUGCACAGGGCCAGUCGCUCGGCGGGACAACCAGCUGGCAGGCCUCUCCGAGCAACAAUCAGACGAGAAUGGGAGGGUCCGGCUCCGGCGCCUCCCACCCAAUCGGCCACGCCCCCCACUGGAACAACAACAACAAUGGCGGCGGAGGGACCGGCAGCACCAAGGUCAGCGGGGAGCUGCUGUGGGGGGGCGUGCAGCAGUAUUCCAGCCUGUGGGGGCCCCCGAGCGGAGAGGAGGGUCGGGUCAUGGGGAACCCCAGCCCCAUCAACACGCUGCUACCUGGAGACCUGCUGAGCGGGGAGUCCAUGUAAGGACAACGGCACGAAUCAAUAUGGGGAUAAUCAGCAAUGGAGUACCAGUCAAGGUGAAGGGAGAGACCAGAGGAGUCCUUUGCUUUUUGAGGAAAGUGGCAGUGUCGAGCUUUUUACACUCGGAGACACAGGAAGAUGUCUUUUCCGUCAACAUUUUUACACAGGUGGACUCGCCGAGCGAAACGAGCUGCCAUCUUUAACUCCAUGCCUUUUUAAGAGGCAAUCAUACUGCACCUCACAGACCUGCAAGAAGGCAUCAUUCCCGAAGUUCUAAAAAAACAACAACUGUCAAUCAGAGCGCUGGUUGUUAUUCCUCGGCUGUUCCAGACUCUCAGCACUAAUAUUGGCCUUAACCUCUCGUCCUCCCCGGUCGCCCUGCUUCCCUGCCUCACACUUGCACACCUUUAUCUCUGAGCCAGUGAAACUCCACACGGGAGUCCAUGCUGCUGCGGCCUAACAGAAAGCAACCAGAGCUCCCAUUUACAAACAGUGCUUUUAUUUGAUUAUUAUUAUCUUUUUUUUUUUUUUUGGUUUUGCAAAGCAAAUCCCCUAACAAAACACUCUCAAAGGGAAUGAUGCAACUCUGUUCGCCUUGUUCAAGCCAUUUAUUUUGUAGUGGGGUUUUUUUUGUUUUGUUUUUGAAGCAUUGCAAACAAAUUUGAAAAAAUGCUAUUAUUCAGACAUGUUAGGGUUUGUUUAUUUUGUAGGGGGGGGCGGGUGGGGCUUACAAUACAACAUGAACCACUGCUAUUACUGUGGAGCUGCAACGACAUCAACUAAUAGUUGCACCUCAACUCGUCUCGCAGUUCGGUCUGGGACCUUCUCCCUGCUGUUCAAAACCUCAAGACCAGAAUAUCAGCAACCCCCUCACCCCCCGCUCCCCUUUUGUCACGAAAAAAAAAAAACCCAAACAUUUCAAACGAGGUGCAAUAUAAGCCACAACAGACUGUAACCGUCCAUGCUUCCGGCUGAUGACCAUAAGAGAACCACAUUGAACUCCUAUGUGACCUACGUGCAGCGAGCGCCACCCCCUGACUUACUGCCACUAAUAUAACCCCCUCUCCCCCCUACUAGUGUGUGUGCGUGUGUGUGAGCUCAUGAGAGUAGCGAGCUGGUCAUUCACCUAAAGCACUUCUCAGCAGGCAACAAGUGUGUGUGUGUGUGUGUGUGUGUGUGUGUGUGUGUGUGUGUGUGUGUGUGUGUGGGUAGAAGGCAUCCAACCAAAAUGAUGAAAGAAGCCUGUCUUUACUCCCCCCCCCCCCCCCCCCCCCCUCCUUUUUGACUGAUACGUGUAGAUGUGAAAGGCUGCUCUAUUAUAGCACUUAACCGGAGCCACACACCCCUCACUGUGCGCCCCCCCACCCCCACCCCCCCAAUCCAACCUAAACUCACUCCCUUCAAUGGCGGCUCAAGCAGAAGCAACACUGGCAAAAAUCGAAAGUGACUGAUUGCUAAGUGUCUGCAAACUUAUGGAUGUGAAGAGUUUUCUUUUGUUUCAGUUUCUUGUCCUGCUUUACUCUCCCAGAAUGAAUAUGGUAGCAAAGAUGAUCAGAUUUAUAUAUAUGUGUGUGUGUAUAUAUAUACACAUAUAUAUAUAUAUAUAUAUAUAUAUACAGUGGGGCAAAAAAGUAUUUAGUCAGCCAGCGAUUGUGCAAGUUCUCCCACUUAAAAUGAUGACAGAGGUCUGUCAUUUUCAUCAUAGGUACACUUCAACUGUGAGAGACAGAAUGUGGGGAAAAAAAUCCAGGAUUUCACAUUGUAAGAAUUUUUAAUAAUUUAUUUGUGAAUUAUAGUGGAAAAUAAGUAUUUGGUCAAUAACAAAAAAUUCAACUCAAUACUUUGUAAUAUAAUUUUUGUUGGGAAUAACAGAGGUAAAAAUAUUACAAAUAGGUCUUUACCAGGUUUGCACACACAGUAGCUGGUAUUUUGGCCCAUUCCUCCAUGCAGAUCUUCUCGAGAGCAGUAAUGUUUGGGGGCUGUCGCCGCGCAACACAGACUUUCAACUCCCUCCACAGAUUUUCUAUGGGGUUGAGGUCUGGAGACUGGCUAGGCCACUCCAGGACUUUCAAAUGCUUCUUACGGAGUCACUCCUUCGUUUGGGAUUAUUGUCAUGCUGGAAGACCCAGCCACGUUUCAUCUUCAAAGCUCUCACUGAUGGAAGGAGGUUUUGGCUCAAAAUCUCAGGAUACAUGGCCCCAUUCAUUCUUUCCUUAACACGGAUCAAUCGUCCUGUCCCCUUAGCAGAAAAACAGCCCCAAAGCAUGAUGUUUCCACCCCCAUGCUUCACAGUAGGUCUGGUGUUCUUGGGAUGCAACUCAGUAUUCUUCUUCCUCCAAACACGACGAGUCGAGUUUAUACCAAGGAGUUCUACAUCAUGCUUUGGGGCUGUUUUUCUGCUAAGGGGCCAGGACGAUUGAUCCGUGUUGAGUAAAGAAUGAAUGGGGCCAUGUAUCGUGAGAUUUUGAGCCAAAACCUCUUUCCACCAGUGAGAGCUUUGAAUGGUUGACCGAAUACUUAUUUUCCACUAUAAUUUACAAAUAAAUUCUUUAAAAUUCCUGGGAUUUUUUUUCACAUUCUGUCUCUCACAGUUGAAGUGUACCUAUGAUGAAACUUACAGACCUCUGUCAUCAUUUUAAAUGGGAGAACUUGCACAAUCGGUGGCUGACUAAAUACUUUUUUGCCCCACUGUAUAUAUAUAUAUAUAUGUAUAUUUUAUUUUAUUUUUUUGACGAAGCCUUGUUUUCUGGUGAUGCGUGCCACCCCCACUUGCCAGUUGGCAUCACGGCGUGGCCACUGAGUGCCUGCCUGCUGCAGGGUGCGGCGCUCUGCAAGCAGACCUCACCCCCGACCCCCCCUUUACCACGACACAUGCUGACAUGGACUUCCCUCCUCUUCCUCCAGCUCCUUUGGCUCCUUUGUGUUCUGUGUACUACUACUACUACUAAUACUACUGCUGCUGCUGCCGCCCUCAGCAACCUCCACUUCCAUUCUCGACCUGGAGGCGUUUUUAAGUGUUGUUUUUUUUUUUGCCUAUGUGCUUUUUUUUGUUACGUUAUUGCCGAUGACGCAGAUAUAUCAUGGCUUUAUGCAGUAUUCAGCCCUCGCAACACCUCCUCAAAAGCGCCACUCCCUCCGUCCGUCCAAGACACUCCACGCCGGUGCUUUUUUUUUUUUGGUUUCACCUCUGGAAGUACUUUGUUCCACCUCCACUGAGAAGCAGCCUUCCAUUUCUAUGCAAAAGAUCCAGGAGGUGUGAACUCACAGCCAUCGCCAGCCCGCCCCUCCUGUCUGCCAAACAUCACCGCUCCCCCUCGUUCUCUCGCCACCUUUACUACCAAGGCAGCUUCCCGUCAAAACAUCUCCCACCGAGCUUGUCGGCGCUCACGCUCGGGGAACUUCUUCUUCAGUCUUGUGCCAACUGACAUCCAAAUAUCAAUAUUCAUCACACGAGGAGGAGGCCAGGGACAAAGGAGGGUUGCUUUUCACCAACGGUUAUUUGUGGACAAGGGAGAGUGUUGGUCCUUGUUUGUGUCCGUGCACUGUUUAUGGGUCACAUCGGGUACAUCCUUUUUUUUUUUUUAAAUACCAAAAAAACUAGAUAUUUUUUGUGUGUGAGAGCACUCCAAAUCUGAGGUUCUCCCAUCUUAAGGUGGCUCUAGCUGCCAACCACAAACAGGAACACAUCACAUGUUCGGUACCAAGUCUUAAAAAUAAUGCUAUUUUUGUUUUGUUUUAACAAGUGCACUCUAUUCUAGAGUCGCUCUUUCAAGACUUGUCAUUGAACAAAACAAUCACUAAUGCCUGUGUUGUCGGGGACUUUACUACGUGCGUAUAUAUGUUGGUUUUCUGUGCAUUUACUCCACACUCAACUUGAAUCAAGGAACUGGGCUUAAAGCUGGAGGGACUCAGAGGGACAUGUUUGGAUGACAACACUAUUUUUGCUUUCUUUUUACUAGUAUCAUUUUGUUUACAAACCCAAAACCAGUGAAGUUGUCACGUUGUGUAAAUGGUAAAUAAAAACAGAAUACGAUGAUUUGCAAAUCCUUUUCAACUUAUAUUCAAUUAAUUAGACUGCAAAGACAGGAUACCUAACGUUUGAACUGGUAAACUUAUUUUUUUUUGCAAUUAGAUAGAUAGAUAGUACUUUAUUGAUUCCUUCAGGAAAAUUAAAAUUCCAGCAGCAGUGUACAGAGUUGAGAUCAAUUUAAAUAAAAGUAAAGUGUAAAUAAUGGGGGUUUAAAUGGAAACAAAAUACAGAAAUAUUACAAUAAGAAUAAAUAAAAAAAAAGCAACAAUGGGAAUAACAAUAUAACAAUAAAAUAAGAAUAUAACAAGACAAAGUAGGCAGUAGUGACCAUGUUAUGAAAACGUAUUGCACUGUUAUUGUUUUGCAUCCCCUGUCAUCCUAGUACCCCCGCCCCCCGCCCCAGAGAGGAGUUGUACAGUCUAAUGGCGUGUGGGACAAAGGAGUUUUUGAGUCUAUUAGUCCUGCACUUGGGAUGAAGCAGUCUAGGAGGAGCUGCUCCAAUUUCGUUGUUCUUUGAACCUGUUCAUUGCAAUAAUGACAAUAAAACUCUAUUCUAUUCUAUUCUAGAACUGAACAGGCUCCUCUGGCUACUGAUAAGGCUAUGCAGAGGGUGACUGGCAUCAUCCAGGAUGCUCACUAGUUUGUCCACAGUCCUCUUCUCUGCCACCGUCACCAGUGAGUCCAGUUUCAUUCCCAUUGUAGAACCGGCCCGCUUGAUUAUUAGCUCAUUUGAAAUUUGAUGCCUGCAACGUGUUUUGAAAAAGCUGGCACAAGUGGCAAAAAAGACUGAGAAAGUUGAGGAAUGCUCAUCAAACACUUAUUUGGAACAUCCCACUGGUGAACAGGCUAAUUGGGAACAGGUGGGUGCCAUGAUUGGGUAUAAAAGCAGCUUCAGUGAAAUGCUCAGUCUUUCACAAACAAGAAUGGGGCGAGGGUCACCACUUUGUGAACAAAUGCGUGAGCAAAUUGUCCAACGGUUUAAGAAUAACAAUUCUCAGCCAGCUAUUGCAAGGAAUUUAGGGAUUUCACCGUCAUCGUAUCAUUUAAAAGGUUCAGAGAAUCUGGUGCAAUCACUGCACAUUAGCGGCAAGGCCAAAAACCAACAUUGAAUGCCUGUGACCUUCGAACUCUCAGGCAGUACUGCAUCAAAAAAGCUUCAAAAAUUGGUCUCCUCAGUUCCCAAACAUGGGCGGCAUAGCUCGGUUGGUAGAGUGGCCGUGCCAGCAACUUGAGGGUUGCAGGUUCGAUUCCCGCUUCCGCCAUCCUAGUCACUGCCGUCGUGUCCUUGGGCAAGACACUUUACCCACCUGCUCCCAGUGCCACCCACACUGCUUUAAAUGUAACUUAGACAUUGGGUUUCACUAUGUAAAGCGCUUUGAGUCACUAGAGAAAAGCGCCAUAUAAAUACAAUUCACUUCACUACUGGGUGUUGUUAAAAGGAAAGGCCAUGUAACACAGUGGUAAAUCUGUGCCAACAUUUUUGCAUUGCGUUUCUGCCAUUAAAUUCUAAGUUCAUGACAUUAAGUACAGGGCUGCGAAUCUUCGGGUGUCCCACAAUUCGAUUCAAUAUCGAUUCUUGGGUCAUGAUUCGAUAAAAUAUCGAUUUUUUAUUUUUUUAUUCGAUUCUCGAUUCAAAAACGAUAUUUUUCCGAUUCAAAGCGAUUCUGUAUUCAUUCAAUACGUAGGAUUUCAGCAGGAUCUACCCCAGUCUGCUGACAUGUUUAAAAAAAACUUUUAUAAUUGUAAAGGACAAUGUUUUAUCAACUGAUUGCAAUAAUAUAAAUGUGUUCUAACUAUUAAAUGAAGCAAAAAUAUGA